AUGGGGAUAAAUGAGGGAGUGCCACGUGCUCAGCCUUCAGCAUCCGAAGCAGAGGUUUGGCGUACUUAUUAAGCAUGAAUAAAAAUCCUCGGAAAUAUAUCCGAUAUAUUUGAAUAUAUAUAUUCAUUCAAAUGAGCUAAGGACGUUCUCUCGCUAAAUAAAAAUACUGCAUACAAAAGUCCUCCGCGAUCGCUUCUCCCGCUGUCUUGAAAGAGUUACCGCUCCGAAUCCCGUAUUUUAAAAAAUGAUUUCUAAAACCUAUCUCGCAGCGCGUGCAGUUCUUCCACCUACCCCCUGCAAAUUAAUCGGCGACUGUUUUACACUGUAUGGAAUUUGUUAGAAGGUAGCCACAAAAAGACUUGGUGGUUAAUAAAUACGGUAGGUUAAGAGAUAAAAGCGAGAAGAAGCGACGAAGCACCGGGCGAUCGGCUUCCUUGCUCGCAUCUUUCAUUAACUCGUAGUUCUUUUUGGUGCUCAAAAGGAAAUUCGGGUGUGUUCUCCCGCCCACCUUCUAGUUAAACCUUCUUUCUUGGUAUUUUUCCAGGACCUCAUGUAAAGAAAAUGUUCGCGCGUUUCCGGGUUCACCUUCCUGUUUGGUUACCAUGGCGACAGUAGGGCCGCUCUGCACGCCGGAAGUAUCAUUUCUAUGACUUGUGAAGCGCGGGAAGUUGCAAGUUCGGUGACUGUUUUUUUUUGGUUGUUGCUUCGGGUAGAGACUGGAAGGGUGUAUCAAUGGCGGGCCGACGCGGGGCUUUGAUUGUCCUGGAGGGGGUUGACCGAGCAGGCAAAAGCACACAGAGCCAAAGGCUCGUGGAGGCCCUCUGGGCUGGAGGGCAUCAGGCCGAACUUCUCAGGUUUCCCGAAAGGUCAACAGAAACUGGACAGCUAAUAAGUUCUUACUUGGAAAAGAAAAACAACUUGGAGGACCACACAGUACAUCUACUGUUUUCUGCGAAUCGUUGGGAGCAAGUGCCAUCUAUUAAAGAAAAAUUAAGCCAAGGUGUCACUCUAAUAGUGGACAGAUACGCCUUUUCUGGAGUAGCCUUCACAGGUGCAAAAGAAAACUUCUCUUUGGAAUGGUGCAAGCAACCUGACGUGGGGCUUCCAAAGCCAGAUUUGAUCCUUUUUCUUCAAUUGAGCACAUCGGAAGCAGCCAAACGAGGAGAAUUUGGAAAUGAACGCUAUGAGAAUACGUCUUUUCAGGAGAAAGUUCUCCAGUGCUUUUACCAUCUGAUAAAAGAUAAAUCUUUAAACUGGAAGCUGGUUUCAGAACUCAUGAUCUCUCAAUUUCUGAUCUUAAAACGACAUCAAAUUGACUCUCAAAAACAUAAUCCAGUUUUUAAACUGCCAUCUAUUAAAGAAAAAUUAAGCCAAGGUGUCACUCUAAUAGUGGACAGAUACGCCUUUUCUGGAGUAGCCUUCACAGGUGCAAAAGAAAACUUCUCUUUGGAAUGGUGCAAGCAACCUGACGUGGGGCUUCCAAAGCCAGAUUUGAUCCUUUUUCUUCAAUUGAGCACAUCGGAAGCAGCCAAACGAGGAGAAUUUGGAAAUGAACGCUAUGAGAAUACGUCUUUUCAGGAGAAAGUUCUCCAGUGCUUUUACCAUCUGAUAAAAGAUAAAUCUUUAAACUGGAAGUUGAUCGAUGCCUCGAAGAGUGUAGAAGAUUUGCACAAAGAAAUUAAAUCCUUUGCAGAAGAGGCUAUGCAAGAAGCGCAGCACAAACCUCUAGGAGAACUAUGGAAAUGAAAUUACUUAACUCUUAAAAGUCAGAGCUUAUUUAAUCAAAUCCUGCACUAUUUGCAUUCACAUAUUUGGUGAACCUGCAUGUGUGUAUCUAUAUUUGAGAGGCCAAGCAGGUUUCAUUUGCUAAUCUUUACUAUUUAUUAGUUGCAUUCCUCAACAGACUCUGGAGUUUUAGAAGAGUGAAGCUUGUCCUUUCGUUAGAAAGCAAUUUUGCAGAGACUCACACCUGGAAAAAAAUGCAUGAAUGGAGUACCCUGUUUCCCCCAAAAUAAGACAUCCUCUGAUAAUAAGCCCAAUCGGGCUUUUGCGUACAUGGUAAUAAGGCCAAGCGCUUAUUGCAGGGUUCAAAAAAAUAUAAGAGUUUUAUUUUCGGGAAAACAUGGUAAUAUCUUCUAUAUUCCAUUAGAUAAGACUUGAUAUGUUCAGUACUAAAGUUUUUCUAUAAAUAUAUUGAAUGAAAUCAUGUGCAUUAACUUUUUCUCACAAUAGUUUGUAAUAUUUCAUUUGUAAUAAUGUAGAGUAAGUAUCGAUAAAAUAUUUCCAAUAUGCAGUGGGCAUGUUUGGCUAAUGACAUUUAAUAACUUGAGGUAUUAACGUGUGUGUGGGGGCGGGGGUAGAUUCUAAAGGAAGUUUGAUGUCACUGAUGUAACAGCUUAAAAUAGUGUUUGUAUGUAUAGAGGUUGGUAAUAAUCGUCCAAGCUGACACAGACUGUUCCAGGCAUUGUAGGAAGACAACCAGGUUAGUCUUUGGAAGACAAAAAUCUGGUAGCAUCAUUUUAAAUUAACAUUUUAUUCUAUUGUAUAGUGGAUUAAAGCAAAAUAAUAAACUUUUUUGUCCCAAUUGAUAAACUUUUGUCAGGAUUAUCUAUUGGAAGAGUUUGAAAUAGAUCAAUUUUGGGAAUAAUAUUUUACUGGUAAUUGCUGAUAUAUGGCCCAAAAUCCUAGAAUAAUUUGUUCAACCUUUUUAUAGUCGUUUUAUCCCAAGCAAAGCCAUAAUUAUAAUUGAAUAACUUACCG